UCUCUCCCCUUUUCGUCACAACUCGGCCGAUUACGAACCUCCAGAUGGAUCUACUAUGUGUACAGGAUAGAGAAUCUCCGUCAAUUUCGGAGGCAAACAGUCUCGAUGACAUAUGUUUUCCGACUGAUGAGCACGAAGAUGAUAAUAUUUCUUCGUCAUCCAGUUCAUUCUCCAGGCAAAAUAAGAGACGCAGGUUAAGUCCCAGGUUAAACUACAACAAUUACGUUUCAAACUCAAAGUAUCAUAUUCCACAAUUCGUGUCUUCUUGGAAGUUAUACCACGCUGAAAGAUUACACAUUUUUUAUUCCAAGUGUUACACCGAAACUCCGAAUGAUUUACUUAAUUUAUUGGACAAGACAAUUGAACCCUUUACACAUCAACAAAAGUAUUAUAUUGAAAGAAUAAAAUCAUUUCUAAAAUUUGAAUCUUGUGAGCCUGGAUUAUCCCGGAGCCGAUCGAGUGUUUUUUUAAGGGACAUAUACAUUAGAUUGGAACCGGUAUUUGGUGAAAUUAUCAAGGAGCUUCGUUCUAUCUUUGAAGGAGGAUACAAGGCAAAAAAUUCAAAUCCUGAUUAUUAUCACAUAGAUGUCUUGGCAAGUUAUAGGGUAUUUGAAUUUAUUGAAGAACUUUCAAUCCUGCUAAAAUUGUUUCAAGACAAAUACAAUCAAUUGCAAGAGGUUGCUGAAACCUAUUACAUUCCUCUCUGUCAAAGUUUUGCCCAGAUGUGUCAUUUAAAAGUGCAAAAAGGCAGACCCACAAAAUGGAUAAAUUUAGCAGAUCAAAAAGUUGUGUCAUCAGUACCAGACCUCUGUUUCUUCCAAAAAGGAAAGCAGUUGGAUGAACUUGUACUCUCAAAAUCUCAAAUUUUAGUGUCAGUUGUAGAGGUGAAAAAUGAUUCAAGGCAAAAGUGCGAGGAACCACCCAUUAAAAUCGGAAAAUGCUCAGAUGAAAAAGAUGAAGGUUCCUGCAGACCAGAAAUAUUGAAGGAUUUAACUGAGUCUGUGCUAGGACAGCAUGCAGGAGAACUUUUGUUAGAAAUUCGUAGAAAAGAUCAUGUAACAAAGGUAGAAAAUGGAGUUAAAAAGUUUAUGAAACCAGGAAUGGUUGUUGAUGGGACUAAGGUUUAUUUCACAAUUCUUAAAAUGUCUGAUAACCAUAUAGAAGAACUUGAAAAGAAGAAGACAUAUGAUGACAGUAUGGAUGAGGCAAUUAUUUAUUAUGCGAAACCGUUGGACCUUAUUUUUAAAGAAGAUCGGGACAUUUUGAUAGACAGCUUUAUGAUGUUAAAUAACAUUGAUUUCAGUUAAUGCCAUAAUCCGCAAAUUUACAAGCUUCUUCCUCCAGUAAAACUGGUUGCCAUGAUAUAACUGAAUCAAAGCUUUACAGGCUGUAAAAAACAAUUGCUGCCAUGUUAAUGUUUUGGGGACUUUUUUUUUCAUCCACAUAUAUGGGCAAAAAUUCACUAAACAGAUAAAAGUGUUACAAUGAAAAUAAAAAAAUAGAUCCCCUUUUUCUCAUUCAAAAAAUGCUUUACCACUAAUUUCUUCUAGCAAGACGUCUAAAAUCAAAAGACUUUUUGGAAAUAUGACUUCUUAUAAUACCAUAUUUAUUGAUAUAUGGAGUAUGUAACAUUGACACAAAGAUUAUUCCAUUUGUCAAUUACUCAUUUAACUAAAAGAGUAUAUAAUGUUUGCUAUGAUGUUAGAUGAGACCCUUUGAAUGACAAAAACUGUCUUGUAGAUUAAAAGCAAAAAAAUUCCAUUGUUUGGGGUCAAUGUUACACUUGUAAAAUUUAUAAAGUUUGUGCAUAUUUAUUUUUGUUUCAAAUAAUAUAUCUUGCCUCUGUCUUAGCUUAUUUCAUGGCUGUUGGGAUCAGUGUGUUUUUUCUGAAUAAAUUAUUUAAAUAAGUAUAAAAAAAAAUUGAAUAAAGCUCCUUUGAUGAUGCAUGUAACAUUGACACGUUGCUAGCCAUAGGUUAAACAGUAAUUCAUUUCAAUUAAAAUAUAAAAUCUCCUUUGGUUUGUGGAAAAUGUUAGAAGUUUGGACCAGGUCUUAAGCUUCUGGAAUUAUUUACUACUGUAUGUUUGAUAUACAGAUUUUUGAAGUAUAUACAACAUUGACUUCUUCGUGUCAACUAGUUACAUACAUUUAGAAAUCUCAUUUAUUUCUAUUAU